AAACGUUCUUUAAAAAAAAUGAAAAAAGAAGAAUAUAUGGGCUUGAUAUUUUUUUUAAAACAAUAAAUAUAAUAAAAAUAUUUAUGAAGAAAAAGUCGGUCUGGUUAUUUAUUUAGGUUUACAAAUCACAGCCAAGUAAACAGGUUGAGGUUAGGGUUGAACCUUAGCUUUACGCCGUUUAUUCAAACGAUAUUUAUUCCCAAUUACUGAUUUAUAAUAUAUAUAUAAACAUUUCCCAACGAUUAUAUUUAUAUUAUUUUCUCUUGCGGAAGGAAGAGGAGAAAGAUUAGAUAGAAACCAUUCUUUGAAGAACAGAUAAGAAAAACUCAACAAGGCCUCUUCUAUCCCACUUUAGCCUUGGUGUGAGGUUAUCACUCUUAUGCAUGAUUUGAUUUGUGUUCUCCUAUUUGGCAUAAAGAUUUUCUCACUCUGGCAGCUGCAACAAAAUCAAAUCCUUCUCGCACCUGUGAGAGGGUGUGGGGUGACAAUGAGAGAGUGAUUUUGCUUUGUGUUCUUAGAAGAUCAAUAUCAUCAAGUAUUUGGAGAUUGUGUCGUGUUUCUGAGGGUUUAUCAUUGGACUAUGGCUAAUGACACAUCUUGCUGAGUUUUCCGGAAGCUUGACUAUGGUUUGCUCCACUAUUCAACAAAAUAAGUAUUUAUUUCAAGCUUCCAUACAUUAAUAAGAAUUAAGAAGUAUACUUUUAUAGAAGAAAAUUUUGUUUUUCAUGUAAAAAAUUAAGGUAGGCUGCCUGAGGAAGCAGCUGUGGUAUUGCCACAAUGGUAAGGUUUUCAUGUUUCAAUGCUCACGUGCACUCCGACAGACCUAAGAAAACUAUUGAAUCUUCAUCUGAAACUUUCCACAAGACAUUGUCAGAUUGUUCUCAUAGUCGUUUGCCAGAGGUUCUUCCGAACAAACCAAGCUCCUUAUUAUUGAACUCUCAUGCAGAUUCCAGUGUUACUAGUGACAUUAAGCAUGUUUCUUCUUCUGAGCGUGGUUGGAAGUCAAAGGACAUGAAGAACGAGUUUACUGUUGAAGGCGAGGUACUAAUUCCUAAGCAUGGACAUCUUAAGAAAAGUCAAUCUAUGCAGAGUGGCUUGUACAGAGAGGGGAUGGUUUCUACAAACAGUCUAAUUGAAAAUGAGACUGAUCUAGGAUUUUCCUGUGAUGGAUCCCCAGAAGCCAUUGGGUUGGCCUUAGGAUAUGGAAGUGAAGACCAAGAUCAAGAACAAAGCCUGCCCGAUCAGCAUCAAAAAGCUCCAAACUUAGAGAGUUUUCAAGUAAGUUGUAAUGUUGCUGAUGAUAAUGAAUCCAUUUACUCAAUUGGGGGACCACCAGAUUCAGAAAAGGAAGGCCAGGAGAACUCUGAUACUCAGCUAUCUGGUGAAUGUGCUGGUGAGGGCAGUGACCAGGCUCUGCGUACUCCACACAGGAUUGCGAAAUCAUUUUCUUUACCAAAUCUCAGUGUUUGUUCACCAGUUUCUGCAAGGUGUACGCAUUUAGGUGUACGUUCGAAAUCUUUUGAAGAUUUACAUGGUCUUGACAUGAGAUGGAGAGAUAUUUCAAUUCAUGACGCAGAAAAACAUUCAGUGCAAAGAAAAGUAGGAGAUACUAAUCAUAACACUGAAAGCCCUUCUGAAAAUUAUGUUGAUGAUAAUUAUGAUUCUUGCAAUUAUUCUGGUAUAGCUAAAGACUGGAUUAUGCCAGUGAUGAACAAGGUUGAUUCAGCGAAAAGCAUUUCAGGAGGAUCCUCACUUCACCAGUGGGAUGAAUUGCCCAACAGAGAUUUUAAGAUUAAGCGUAUUGAGGACUGGGUUAAUGAUCUUCAACACUGCAGUCCUCUAGAGGAAACAAAUGAAUUACUCCAGUCUGAUGAUCACAUGAAGGGAGAUUCCAGUAAUUUUGAUGGUUUGGUGAAGGUUGAAGACAAACUCACUCCUGGCAUGGAAGUGGCUAAAAGAUAUAUAUCUUCUUUGACGGCAGCCACCACUACAGCUCACCUGGCAAACCAUGGAUUGGUUGUGAUCCCAUUUCUGAGUGCAUUCAUAAGCCUGAGGGUGCUCAAUCUGUCAGGAAACUCAAUAGUGAGAAUAACUGCUGGUGCUCUUCCUCGAGGACUUCAUAUGUUGAAUCUAUCGAAGAACAAUAUUUCCACAAUUGAGGGUUUGCGUGAACUCACCAGACUUCGGGUGUUGGACCUGAGCUACAACCGAAUUUUCAGAAUCGGACAUGGCUUGGCUUCUUGUUCCUCCCUGAAGGAGUUGUACCUAGCUGGAAACAGAAUCAGUGAAGUGGAGGGUCUUCACCGUCUCCUAAAAUUAACUGUGCUGGAUUUACGUUUCAAUAAAAUCUCUACAGCCAAAUGUCUUGGUCAACUUGCUGCCAACUAUAGUUCCCUGCAAGCCAUCAGCUUGGAAGGGAACCCAGCACAGAAGAAUGUUGGAGAUGACCAGCUGAAGAAACAUCUUCAAGGCCUUCUUCCCCAUUUGGCUUACUUCAACAGGCAAACAAUCAAAGCCAACACUUUAAAGGAUUCUGCAGAGAGAUCAGUUCGGCUAGGAACUAGCUCCCACCAGUUUGACCGUGGUCUCAGACCAGAUCAUAAAACAAGGAAAGGCAGUGUUCUAACCGCUCAGAGGCCUCCCUCUUCUUCAGCACUUGUCCGUGGAAGUCAAGCAGCAGCAGUGUCUCCAAAACGUUCAAAGGGUAGACACAGCCGACUGCCUCCAAUGGGGACUAAAGUAACAACUAAUCGGCAUAAUUAUAUUGAUAUUGGCAGCAAACUAAUGAAUGUCAAAUCCGAUCUUUCAAUGCGCAGGAGUCGAAGUGAAGGAACUUUGGGAAAUCUAUGAGUGAUUUUUCAAACAUUACAGUUUAAUUUGUCAUUUCAAAUCAAACUUCAGAGAAUGAUAUGUUAUUUGGAUUGUUGUGAGAUUCUUGGUUUGAAUUCCUUUGUUCUCGUUUUUAUUCAUGAGCUCUGUUGGCAGGCCCUAAUUUGAAUAGCAGAAUUCUCGUUAUUCUUAUUUUUAAUUUACAAUGGUUUGUAUAAAUUAAUAAGCAAAACUGAAAUGCAGAAGUGCUGUUAAAUAUAAAAAAAAAUAUAUCUUUUAUCCAA